AAUCGAGCCAAAAACUUUUUUCGCUAUCGUCUGAGAUCCUUUUUUUCUACUCGAAAUCUGCAUCGAAACAUUCAAUCUCAUUCCCAAAUCUUCGAAUUUAGAUGGUAUGAGGAUUGAAUAUUGAGAGGAAAGGGCACCGGCGUGUGAAACUAGACUCAGAGAUGUGAUUCUCAGACAGGUUGAGUCGUCUGCGGAUUCUCUUAGCUUGUGAAGUUCAUGAGGUCGGAUUGAUCGUUAGGGUGCUGGGAUCGAAAAUGGAACAUUUUGCAGCAUGCAGGCAGGAAUUGGAGGAUAUUUUGAGCUGCUCUCCGUUUCUGUCGUGGUUUUUGGAGUGAUAAUAUGUCACAGUCCUGGAAGCGAAUGUUGCCUUAAACCCUAAACCCUGACAUUGUGUAAGGAGGUUCUGGCGGCAAGCGCUGUUAUGGAGAACAUUAGAGUGUUGGUUUGCAGCUCUAGCUUGCAAGCCUCGCCUUCGUCGUGCAGCCUGGUGGCGGGGGUGAAAUUUAUCCGAAGGUCACCUUCAAGUGUAUAUAGAGUUCACUGUGACAGGAGACGAUUGCAGGGUGUUUGUAUUUGGAACGAGCGGUCGCGGCUAGUUCUUGGUAGUCGUAGAGAGCAGCGCUGGAUUGCACAGGUGGUGAGAAUUUGUAGUGGUCCCGUGGGAAGGUCUGAUGCCGAUGAAUGCCGCGCAUUCAAAGUCGAAGAAGUUAGUUCUGGGCUAGAAAGUGAAGGAAUUACUUGUUGGGAGGAUUCUGCGAAGCGCGCGCUUCCGGAAUAUGAAACUGAUGCGGGGAGUAGUCUUGGGACGAAGCAGGGACUUGAACUGAAGAAGUUUUUGGCCGUGAACUGUGCACGGUUGCACGUAUUGGGGUGGCUGACAAUAGUAGCCUUAGGGAUUGGAGCAGGCACUGCUAGGGCGUCGGUACCAGGGGCCAAACUUUCCAGACGUUAUGUACCUCCAUGUUUUGCAAGCGUGUCCUCUGUGUCCUGCAAGAGUCAAGAUUCGAAGGAUCAAGGAGCUGCUGUGACACCUCAAGAUUCCUCUAAGGCUCAUGAUCAUACUCAAGCUAGUGAUGGUUCUCAGGAGUUGUUGCCAGCAAUCGCAGGUGCGGAGGCAAGUGACAGUGGCGUGGAAAUGAAGGAAGCGGAGAUUGUGAGGAAUGAGAAUGAUGAAGAUGAAGUUCAUGAUGAAGAACAUUUGGACGAGGGCGAGGAUGAAGACGAAGACGAUUAUGCAGAAUCGGAUAUGGGUGCGGGUAGCGACGACGAGGGCAUGAAUUAUCCCACAAUUGGGGAUUUGGAGGAUCUUGAUGAAUUAGGUGAACUGGCCAGUGGUGCUGCGGCUGCAGAAUUACUCUCUGGCAGUGGAGAAAUUGAAUCUGCGGAGGCUGAAGGGGACAGGGAACCAGGCGGGGACACGGAAGAUGAAGAACUCAAGAAGGCAUUUGAGGAGUGGAAGGCGAAGCCUUAUGCUUUGACAGUGCCCCUUCGGAUUGUGGGCCUGCGAGGUUCAGUUCCCCCUGCCUGGCUCAAGGAGUUUCUAAUGAGUCAGGGAAAGAAUGCGAAGUUGUCAGCGGAGUUUAAAGGAAGUUUGAGUGACAUUCUUGCCGAACUUGCUGUAUCGAUGGAAAACAGUCAAAUCACACCUAAAUCUGCCAUGGCGGCUGACCUCGUGACUGUUGGUGACUCUUGGUUGGCUACGGCAGUACAAGGAGGGUUGCUAGAUCCUAUUAGGAACGCUGAACAGUUUGAUUGGUUCAACCGAUUGCAUCCUAAGUGGCAGAACUUUAUCAGGAGAGACCCCGAAGGUAUUAUUAACCCUCAGGGUUUAGUAUGGGGAGUUCCCUAUAGGUGGGGAAGUCUUGUUUUUGCCUUCAAGAAGGAUAAGUUGGAAAGGAAUGGCAUCUCCCCUAUCAGGGAUUGGAAAGACCUUUUCCAGCCACAACUUGCCGGGAGGAUAGCAAUGGUCGACUCUCCACGCGAGGUAGUUGGUGCUGUUCUCAAGUCUUUAGGGGCUUCGUACAAUACCAAUGAUUUUGAUGCAGAUGUUCCAGGAGGCAGAGAGGCUGUAAAAGAGCGUUUUCUUGCUUUGCAGAAGCAGGUUCGUCUGUUUGAUGACAACGACUACCUGAAGGCAAUGAGUGCCGGAGAUGUUUGGGUAGCAGUUGGGUGGUCAAGUGAUAUCAUCCCAUAUUCAAAGCGUGCUUCAAACAUCAGUGUUUAUGCUCCAGAAUCAGGAACAAGCCUAUGGGCAGACCUCUGGGCAAUUCCAGCAACAACUACAUUCGAAAAAGCAGAGAACGUAGGGGGUCGUGUUCGAGGUCCAUCUCCUUUGGUCUUUCAAUGGCUUGAUUUUUGCUUGCAACCUGCAAGAGCCACGACGUUUGCAAAUGAUGUGUUCGUUGGUGCCUCUCCUCUCACUUGGUCUGAGAAAAGUGAAACGGAGAUUUCGGAGAAUACCUUUCUUGAGACAGGCGCUUCGCAAUCAGGGAAAAAGCCGAAAACAGUGGUGACCUUGGACUCAAAUAUAGUUCAAGGCAUGCCUCCGGACGAAAUUGUCGCUAAAAGUGAGUUCCUGGAGCCAUUAAGUGACAAAGCUCUAUCUGAUUAUCAGUGGUUGUUGUCCGCGUCUGUGGACGUGGAGGGAUGGCCAAGUACUUUUAAUGAGUACUUGAAAGGAAUUGCUUUGAGUCUAAUGCAGUGGAGAAAUUCCGAUGGUUCUAGGAGUUGAUCGCGAUAGAGUUUUGACUACAAUACCUUUGAAUGGCUGCAGUUGGCCUUCUAAGUGAAGCUUAAUGUCGUAACUUCUCGUUUGUUUUGAACCUUCGUGGCAAUCGUAGGUGAUUAGUUUUGCAGGGAUGGGGAUGGGAGAAAUCGAAUUGCCAGGUAUCACACAAUGUUGAUGUGAUUUUUUGUCUCAAUAUGGAUUGAUUUUGCAUUACAGUCUAAAACAACUUUGGCGUGUC